AUGGCUUCGGCAGCGACGGCAACGCGCCAGGCUGGCCCUGGUGCUGCACCACCAUCUGCCGGCGCCUCCACUCUUGCCACUCCCGCUGCAGACUCUCCAGCCGUGGCACAGCCAGAACCAGAGCCAUGGGACGGUCUCGAUACUCGCAUCCUCACCGACCUGGCUCGUCGCGGUCUCAUGUCCACACUCGACACCAUCAAAGAGGCAAAGACGCUCAUGCUCGACCCUUCUCUUGCCGGUCCGCUCGGUCUCGUUGCCGACGUCUCGAGCCUCAAGCAGCACGGCGUCGAAAAGAUGUUCUGGCUCGAGCCCGCUUCAGCCGCCUUCGUCUCAAAGAACAACACCAACCAAUCCCAGGCGCAAUCCAAAGCUGGUCUCAAAACCGUCAAUGCACCCACAAAGUCGGUCGUCUACAUCUGUCGUCCGGAAAUCAAGUGGAUGAAAGCGAUAGCUGGUACGUCUUGA